UGAGAGUCGCUGAAGCGUGUCACGGGUUUGUAAAUGUCCGUGUGUGCCAGUCACGUGUAGAGAGAGUCCGUUGAUCUCGUUCCGUCCCUGCAGUCGUACUUGCUUAGGGUGUUCGUGUCGUUUAGGUUUCUGGAUAUUUAAUUUUGUUUUUAGGCCCUGCUAUUACCUAUAUUAAUUAUUUUUCAGAAAAAUGAGUGACAACGAUGAUAUCGAAGUCGAUAGUGACGAAGAAUCACCGAGAUUUCACUCUGUGGCAGACAAACGAGCACAUCACAAUGCGCUGGAGCGCAAACGUAGGGACCACAUCAAAGACAGCUUCCACAGUCUACGGGACUCUGUGCCUGCACUGCAAGGGGAGAAGGUUAGUGACGAAACCCGCUGCUCGCUUGACCUUCCAGCCCAUUUUCAAUCUAUCAAACAGGCCUCCCGAGCUCAAAUCCUAGACAAAGCCACAGAGUAUAUUCAGUACAUGCGACGGAAAAACCACACCCACCAGCAGGACAUCGACGACCUGAAGAGGCAGAACGCCCUGCUGGAGCAGCAAGUGCGCGCUCUGGAGAAGGUGAAGGGCUCCACGCAGCUCCAGGCCAGCUACUCCUCCUCCGACAGCAGCCUGUACACCAACCCCAAGGGCAGCGCCGUGUCGGCCUUCGACGGGGGGUCCGACUCCAGCUCCGAGUCCGAGCCGGAGGAGCCGCCCAACAGAAAGAAGCUACGGGUGGAGCCCAGCUAGGUCCGGGCCGGUGACCCCUCCCCCCCCCCACCCCACCCCACCCCACCCUCCUCUGGAAACUCCGCCCCUCCGGCCCCGCUCCACCCCACCGUGUGCUUCGACUAGACUCUGCUACCCCCCGUUUCAGUCGCUCUGACCUCCUCACGCUGGUGCGGGAGAGAGAGGGACGACCGUGAGACGGAAGAGCGACCGUAGAAAUACACGUUGCUCUUUUGUUUUUCUUUUGCCUCUCUCUCUUUCUCUCUUUUCCCCCUCUCUCCCCGAUGUUCCAGCAAUCAUUUGUCAGAAAUGACAACUAUCCAAAAAAAAAAAAAAAAAAAAAAAAAAUCCAAGUGAGGCAGCUUUGCUAUUUAAGGACUCAGUGCAUUUGUAUCCCAAUAGGCACCCUCCCAAUCACAUAGAAGACUACAGCUACAAAUACUGCAAGAACAAAACAGCCAUGGGGGGUUUUUUACUGUAAAACCCCACGAAAUGAACCUGUCGAAAGCGUGUAGAACUUGACUUGCCUACCUUAGAGAAAUUGUCCAGACGAGCAGUUUUUAAUAUUUAUACUUUUCCACAAAAGAAUGUGAAGUUACUUUGAAACAAAUGUAAACGUGUAAGAAACUCACCUCAGGCCCUGUAUACGGCUGAAGUUUUUCAUUUUUAAAUUGUUUCCUAAGAAAAAUAAAAUUCCCUAUAUUGAAGGUGAUGUAUUGAUAGAACUUCCAAAUUGUACUUUACGUACCGUGCUGUCCCUUAGCUUGAUCUAGUGAAGGACGUUAGAUGGCCGAAUAAUUUAGGGUUCUGAAUUAUUUUUUUAAAAGCAUCAAUUACAUAUUUUUCACAGGUUCUUUAAAAUGUUUUGUAUAUUGCGUUAUUCUCAUACCCCGUGAGAAUAUACUAAUAUGCUACAUGUAGUUUUCCCAAGACACAAAAUAGAAUGCUGAAUGUUAUAUCAAUAUUAUUGAAGGUAGUUACCUUUAUUUUAUUUUUUCAGUAAAGAAUAAUUGUCCAUGUCAGUGUUGUGUGCAUUACACUGUAAACUUAAAUGUUGCCGAUUUCAACUCAACAGAACAAGUCCCCACAAAGCAUUUUGCCGGUGCUGGGGACGUGUGCAUCAUUUUGUUUCCCUCCAUUAUUAGGACAUGAUUAGUGUGUACGGAAUAGAUUUUUGUUUGUCUGUGUCCAUUCCAUGGAAGUUACAGGUAUGUUGUACAUACUGCCAACAAUUGUCUUGCAAGUUGAGGCCUACCUUUACAAUGAGACUAUAAAUAAAACUAUUUUAUCCUUUU